AUGGGAAUCAAAAUUGGAAUAUUUGUUUCAGCAAUAAUAGGAUUGCUAUGUGCAUUUAAGAUAUUUUCAUACUUGAGUGUGCCAUCUUAUUAAUCAAUCAUACACAUCAAUAGAGAUCACGAUAUAAAAAUUUAUAGAGAUAAAUUUGGUGUGCCACACAUUUAAGCUCACUCAUUACCGGAUGGUCUAUAUGCUCAAGGGUUUGUUUAAGCUUAGGAUAGAUUAUGGUAAUUGCAUAUUAGGAAAAUGGCAUCUUAAGGAAGAUUGUCUGAGGUUUUUGGAGAGCGUACUUUAAAAGUUGAUUAAUAUUUUAGAGGCUUAGAUUACUAGGAUUCAGCUAGAAGAAUUGUUAAUUAAUUGAGUUCAGAAGGCUAAUAAUUAUUCUAGGCCUAUGUUGAUGGAAUUAACAAAGGAAGAAGCACCUUUACUCUAUUACCAAUAGAAUUCUAAUUGACUCGUUCUAAUUUCAUCGAAUGGGAAAUCUUUGAUGUGAUAUGCUUUAUUAAAUUUAUGGCCUAAACAACUAUGAAUGACUUCCAUUUUGAAAUGAUGAGAUCAUCUAUUUAGGAAUUUGAUUUAGAAACAAUUAAGUACUUAACAGGUAUAGGACCAGACAAUCUAUUUGACAUUGAAACUACGACAAUAAAUGAAUAGGAAUUGAAAGAAUAAACUAAUUUGCAUAGUGACUAAUUUCACAAUAUAAAAUCACCAUCCAAUAUUUAAGUUGCUGAUCUUAUGUAAUCCUAUAAGUUUUUGAUUGAUAAUGUUAUUCCUUUAAGUGUGGGAAGUAAUAGUUGGGCAGUGCAUGGAAACUUCACUAACACAGGUUAUCCAUUCUUAGCAUCAGAUCCCCACUUGGAAAAUGGGUUGCCAUCUCAAUGGUAUUAGAGUUCAACUACUUUUCCAAAUGGAGACUUCGUUGCAGGAGGGGCUGUUGUGGGUCUUCCUUAUAUUUUAUCAGGCAGAACUAAGAAUAUGGGAUGGGGAAUCACUAUUUCAUAUUCUGAUUCUAGUGAUUUAUAUGAAGAACAAUUGAAAGAAAUUGAUGGGAAAAUGCAUUAUUUAUUUUAAGAUAAAUGGUACCCCACCAAAGAAAAAGUCGAACUUAUUCAUUAUGGAGAUAAGACAUACGAAAUGACAAUUCACAGAACUCAUCAUGGGCCUAUCUUGAAUUUCUACUUUGAUGAUAGAGGAACCAAAACUAUCAAAUAAUUAGACAAGACCUACUCUUUGAGAUCUUUAAUAGACAUUGAUGAUAUCUAUGGACCAGAAGCGAUGAUACGUUUCAUAUAAGGGUCAGAUCUAAGUGAAUAAUUGAAGCAUCUCAAAAAGGUUGUGUAUCCAGGUUUAGGAAUGAUCUUUGCUUCAUAAAAAGAUGUAGCUUAUAUGAUAGUUGGAAAAUAAGUGAUAAGAUCAGGAAAUCCUGAGGAUUAUGGUUUUAUUAAAAAGGGAUGGAAUGGAGAGACAGAAUGGCUAGGGUUUAUUCCUGAAAAUGAGCAUCCAAUUAUAAUUAAUCCACCUAAAGGAUUCGUUGCUACUGCCAACAAUAGAUUCUUCCCUAAAAACGAGAAGUAUCAUUGUAAUUGGAAUAUCAAUCCUACUGGCAGAGCUCAUAGAAUUUAUCAAGUUCUAUCUGAGAUUGUCCCAAAUAAGGUUAGUUAUGAAUAAAUGAAAUAAUUACAAUUAGAUACAGUUGAUAGUUAUGCAAAGUAAAGUUGGCCGACUUUAAAAAAGUUAAUUCAAUCUCAAUAUUUUAAGGAACAAAUAGAUUCUUGGGAUUUUAAUUUAAGUAAAGAUUCAAAAUAAGCCACUCUUUAUAUGUUAUUUGAACAUCAUUAUUCUAAGAGUUUUUCAAAAUUACCUCCUAGAUGGUCAUAAACAUACAAUUUCGAUUCUUUCUUUUUCCAUGAAUUAACAAGAUUUAAGGAAAAUGGAGCAUGGUGUUUACCUUAUACUUGUUCAUAACUCUUGAAUUAAGCAGUUGAAUAGGCUGUCGAACAGUACAAAUCAUUACCAAAAUAGGAAUGGGGAAACAAUCAUAAAAAGUUUCAAGGACAUUUUACCUUUAAAGAUAAAUUCUUUGGUAUUUUUGAUAGAGAAAUACCAUUUGGAGGAAAUAGAAGAACUCCAUCUGUAUCAACAUUCGAUAUAUCUCAAUUUCCAUUUAGAGGUUUUGCUGGUGCAAAUUACAGAAUGCUUGUAUCUAUGGCACCUGGCGAUGUAGGUUAGUUCAUUGUAGAUGGGGGAGUAAGUGGAAAUCCUUUGUCUGAACAUUAUGACGAUCAGUUAUCAAUAUAUGCAGAAGGUAAGUACAUAGCUAUAGAGCUGAAUAGAGUGAGGAUUUGUGAAAUUUUAUGUAAUUAUCUCUCCUAUUAAAUUUAUCUAUUUUUGUCAUAUAAAUAACAUGCUCCAUUAUCCUUAAAUGAUCUUAAUUCUUUGAAUUCGCUUUAAUCUUUAUAGCAAGUUUGUUACCAUCUAAGAGUUACUUGUUGGAAUCUAUUUAUUUGUGGUUAGUGCAAAUAUUUAAAAGAGCCUUCUCCUUAAUUAUAAGAUGUUAAUUACUUUGAGCUUUUUGAUUUGCCUAUUAACAUCAAUGUGGAAACCAGAUAUUUAGAAGACAAAUAUAGAUCAUUGCAAUUAAAAUUUCAUCCUGAUCGAUUUGUGACUAUGCCUACCAUCAAUAUUUCAUAUAGUCAAGAGUAUUCUGCCUUUAUCAAUGAAGCCUAUUCAGUAUUGAAAAACAUUCACGAGAGAGCAGAAUACAUUUUGUCUCUUAAGGGUUUUUAAAUUAAAGAGUGCAGUGUUCUAUUGGACUUAGAGUUUAUGGAGGAAAUUUUGGAAUUGCAGUCCCAAGUGCAGAGAGGGGAAAAUAUAUCUUAAAUUAAUCAAAAGAAUAAUUUGGAAAUUGAAAAAAUGACAAAAUAAAUAAUUUAAGACAUCUCAAAUGAGCAAUACCAAAAGGCUUACGAAAUCAUACUCUAUUUAAAAUAUAGAUAAAGAUUAAAGGAUUAGAUUUUUAUACAUAUCUGA